GUGUUGAAAUGAUGCAAACCCGCUGUGCGUCUUUGAGAGACUUUCUCUAAAACUUUCCUUCUUGAUGUUUUUUUUAUGUAGAUUUGGAGUUUCUCAUUUAAUUUUAGGUUUUAUUGACGUAUAGCUGUUUCGGACCUUAACAACCUGAUUCUAAACCCAGACAGGUGAACAUUUCCGGGUUGUUCUCUUCCGUGUUCUCCAGCGACCGGAGCAGACAGACAGGUCGACAUGGCGCAGGCCGCAGAGUUUGGGACAAGAGGAAGAAGAAGAAGCAGCAUGGACGACCUUCCUCCAGAUCUCAGACUGGUUCUUGUUGGGAAGACUGGGUCAGGGAAGAGCUCCAGUGGGAACACCAUCCUGGGCAGAGACGCCUUCGUAGCCGCAGUCAGUCAGUCCUCAGUGACCAGGCAGUGCUGUAAGCAGGAAGGCGAAGUGUUUGACAGAACAGUGACCAUCGUCGACACGCCGGGCGUCUUUGACACGUCGUUCUCUGAACACGCCAGCAAGAGAGAGAUCUCCAAGUGCAUCAACAUGUCGGCCCCGGGGCCCCACGCCAUCCUGCUGGUCAUCAAGGUGGGGCCCUUCACCGAUGAGGAGCAGGACGCGGUGAGGCAGGUGGAGGAGAUCUUUGGGGCGGACGCCUGGAGGUACACCAUGAUCCUGUUCACCCGGGAGGAUGAAGCUGCUGAAGACGUGAAGCUGCAGCUGCAGGAGUGCGGCCCCAAGCUGCAGAGCGUACUGCAGAGGGUCAACAACCGAUACCUGCUGCUCAACAACCGCAGGGCCCACGACCGCAGCCAGGUGCUGGCGCUGCUGGAGGAGGUGGACAGGAUGGUGUCCGAGAACGAAGGAGAGUUCUACUCCAACUACACCUACCUGGAGGUGGUGGAGAUGCUGCGGCGCAGAGAGGAGGAGCUCAGAGCGUUCUACCAGAAGCAGGUGGAGGAGCAGACCAGAGCCGUGGAGCUGAAAUAUGAACAGCUGCUGACUGCUGCUCAGCCUGAAGGACCCGACCUGAAGAGGAGACGCCAGGCUGAGAUACAGGAAGUUCAGCGUUACUAUGGCAACUUGCAGCGGAGCGCGCGCCAUGUUGUAGAGCAGAGCACAAAGCAGGAUUCAAUGGAGGACAUUGUCCAGUUCUCCAUGACCCUGAAAGUGAAGGCCAGCUCCUAAAGACCCAGAAGUCCCUGUUUUCAUUACCCAGCAUGCAUCAGCAUCAGGAUGAACAGUCCAGCCUGGAGGUUCUGGUCCGCACUGAUGUUCGUUCACUCAGGUUCCUCUGAGAAACCACUGCGGUCCAGUCAAAGUCCUUCCUGCUGAAACGUUUCAGCAGCAGCCUGAAGGUUCCUGAAGGAACUAAAACCUUCUGCUACAACAACCAGUUUCUGCCCACAUGGGGAUUUUUCCUCCCUGAACUGGCAACCAGUCAUUUCAUUGUUGAACUUUGCUGUAACUUAGUCUAAUAGAUAAUAUUUAUCUAUUGUUUAUUCAUAAAAACGUUAACAAGCAAAA